UGGCACAUUUAAUUUUUUAGAUAACAACACUGGCACGUUCUUUUUCGUGUGAAGUUGUUUGAGACACGUGCGUAUUGACGCCGAAAGCUCUAAAAUAAUCCAAAAUGAGUGAAGGCACAGCCACUAUUCGCACUCGCAAAUUUAUGACCAACAGAUUGUUGGCGCGCAAGCAGAUGGUCUGCGAUGUCCUUCAUCCAGGAAAACCCACUGUUAGUAAAACUGAGAUCCGUGAGAAGCUCGCGAAGAUGUACAAGGUGACGCCAGACGUUGUCUUCGUAUUUGGUUUCAAAACGAACUUCGGUGGUGGAAAAUCCACUGGUUUCGCCUUAAUAUACGACACUCUGGAUCUGGCUAAAAAGUUUGAGCCCAAACACAGACUUGCUCGCCACGGACUGUAUGAGAAGAAGAGGCCGACACGCAAACAGCGUAAGGAACGUAAGAACAGGAUGAAGAAGGUGCGUGGUACCAAGAAAUCCAAGGUCGGAGCUGCGUCUAAGAAGUGAUGUGACACUAUCAUAAUUGUAAGUAAAUAAAAACCCAAAAACAA